AACCACUUCCUCCGAGCAUCCACGGCCAUCUUUAAUUUUAACUCAUUCAUGAAAAGUUGUUUGGCGCAUGUAAACACGCGACACAAUUUGCACCUCGGAGCGGCUUCGCUGGCGCGGUGUGUGUGUAGUUUUCCCGCGAGGAGCGUCACGCAGAGCAGAGCUGAACCGAGCCGAGCCAGGCAGCAGCUGUCCACCGAGAUUAAGUAAACACCGAGAGCGUACGUGCAUAUUGUCCAGUGUAGCGUCUUGUGCAUCAGUCAGGAUGAGAAAGAAGCAGACUGCUAAACAGAGGAAGACUGAGGAGACUACAGUUGUCCAGGAGUUUGUGGUUGAAAAGAUAAUUCGACGCAGAAUAUUCAAUGGAAGAGUUGAGUACUUUUUGAAGUGGAAAGGCUUCACAGAUGCAGACAACACAUGGGAACCGGAGGACAAUCUGGACUGUCCUGAACUCAUAGAUCAUUUCCUGAGAACCACCCAUUUCUCUCUGGAGAAUGAGGAAGAGCUGGCUGAACAGGAGUUUAUUCCUAAAGAAGAAAUGACAGAGCAGGAGACGGAAAUUUCCUGUCUGCAGUCUCAGCAGCAGUCUCACACUGAGCAGAUCAACAGCGAUGUCUUCAAGCCAGAUGACGAGCAGUCAGACACUCCCACAAACCUCAGCACUUACCUCGAGCCUGAAUGCAUCAUCGGCUCCACUGACAGACAGGGAGAGCUCAUGUUCCUCGUCAAGUGGAAGAACUCUGACGAUGUAGCCUUGCUGCCGGCCCGAGAAGCCAGCACCAGGUGUCCCCAGGUGGUCAUUGACUUCUAUGAGCGCCAGCUGACGUGGCACUGUGGAGACGAGGAGCUGUGAAGUACGUGUAAAAAAAAAAAAAAACAGCUGUGCUCUCACCUGAAGCUUAAUUUAACCUCCAUCAAGCGUCCUCCUCCUCUUCCAGCUGACAUUAGAGACCAACUGUGCAAAGAUUGCAAGAUUCUGGCAGGUGCAAGAUCCUUGGCAAGGAUUGAUUUUAAGUGCUCUGGUUCUUGUGGUGCUCAAAUAGGUCUCUGUGCCUCUAUGGAGGCUGAAAUGGAGACUAAAUCAAACCUUCAGUGUAGAGCGACUAGUUUGAGGUCAGACUAACCUGUAGCAGCUUUGGUUCUGUGUAAGCAGACACAAUCACUGUGGACAUGUGUUUCUUUUUGACUGUUGUGUGAUAAUCUAGUAUUUGCAGUCCUGUUUGGCUACAAGGUUUUAGACUGUGUGUGCUUUAUCUUUGGAAUAGGGAAAGUGAACUAACUACUGUCCAAUCUGUACCUCCAGUUCAUGUAGCGCUGAAGAUUGUAGACCUGUUGUUUUAACGUUUUUUGUUUGAGUUGUUAUUAACACAGCUGUCACUAUGUUUUAAUAUUUCUCAACCCUUGUGAUUGAUGUUAAGUAUAUAAAAAUGUUGCCCACUUCAAAUUUCCUCGUAUUCCAAUCAGCUGCUAAAGACCAAAUGUUUCCUUUCUCCUCUGUAUUGAAUUAUAACAACAAUAUUGUUGUUUGUUACAUAUUUGGAGCCUACCCAAAGUCAAAUCCUUGCAGAAUGGUGUUAAAAAAGCUAUAUUAUUUGUAAAACAAUUGUAUUGAGAUAACAUACAGUGAUUGGUGCACCUUUGAUGGCUAGUGCGUUUGUUAAAUGUAGCACUUUAGAUGUGAGACUGUCCAGUAAUGAGGGGCAUUUUCUUCCUAUAGUAUACACGCUAAAUGUCUCCUGAUGGCUCUGUCCUGACUCAACAUAUCUCCCAUGACUGAUAUGGGACCCAGAUGAACCUUAAACCUCUGUAAACACACCUGCUACUGACUUACUGUAACUGUUGACCAUGGAUCUGUGAAGUCUGUGAAUAACAAUAAUUAAAAAAAAAACUUUUGUGAAA